AUGAGCUCGUCCGGUACCUCAAGAGUGAGUGCUUGUCAGGAGUUCGUAACUGCUGGGGGACUUUACUCGGGUGACAAGGCGCCCGUGGUCGACCUGAAACCUCGCUUCGAUGUGGAUGCUGUUAAAGCAAUUCCUGGCUCAGUAGAGAUGCUUACUCGAGGGAAGAGGAAGGAGGAUUGGUCGUUCCGGUUUGGAUAUUCUGAUGGAGUGUGUAUAGAUUGGAAUUCCUUGGAGUUUGAAGUACCCGAAGAUGUACUCAUCACAGAUGACGGAGAUGAGGAGCUGGGGCUGUGGGCACCACCGGAGGUAGUGCAUGAGAUCGUCUCGUCAUAG